GUGUUCUCCUACACGGCGGACAAGGAGAUCCGCACGGACGACCUGUGCCUGGACGUGUCGCGGCUCAACGGCCCUGUCCUCAUGCUCAAGUGCCACCACCUGAGGGGCAACCAGCUCUGGGAGUACGAUGCUGAGGUACCCCGGGCCUGGGGGGUGGUUCUGGCACAAUCCCAGCAGCCCUGAGGCUGGAAAAGCAUUCCAGGGUCAUGGUGUGCCAGCUGUG